AUGCGACGUCUUGCUGGUGAUCACGCGGCUCUACACAAUAAUCCAUUACCACCGAAUUAUCUCUUCGACCCAACAUCAACAUCAGAUUCAGAUCUCACAGCACUAGAUAUUUUGCUAGCAGGACCACGCGCCACACCCUACGAAACUGGUGUCUUCAAACUUCAUCUAACGAUUCCUACUACAUAUCCUCAGGAACCUCCCAAAGCCUAUUUUCGAACAAAGAUCUUCCAUCCUAAUGUGGAUGAUGGCACUGGAGCUGUUUGUGUGGAAACACUGAAACGGGAUUGGGAUCAGAAGUUGACGUUGAGAGAUGUUUUGGUUACGAUAUGCUGUUUGUUGGUUCAGCCUAAUGCGAGCAGUGCUUUGAAUGCUGAGGCGGGUAUGUUUCUGGAGCAGGGAGACUGGAGUCAGUUCGAGAGGAGGGCGAGGAUGAUGACGAGGCUGCAAGCAGGUGUGCCGAAACACCUUAAAGAGGCUGUCUUGGAGGCGCAAAGGAGAGGUGAAGAAAGGGAGGAUUUGGAGCGAAAGGACUCGGCGUUGAACAUGGCAGAGGCGACAAGGACGAGGAGGAGAGGGACGCCUUUGCCGAGGGAAAUGAUGGAGACUCCGACUGAGGGCGUGAGAAAGACGACCAGAGCUGGUACGCCGCCGCCUCCGCCUACUCGAGCACCAGCAACAUCGCAUCCGUUUGUGCGUCAGUCUGCGAGAGAUGAUGUGUUCGGUGCCGUCCGUCUGCCUAUGCCACACGCAACUCCUAUCAUGCCCAAUGACUCGUCCGAGCUUCUACCUACAAGUCAAGGCAAGAUAUCUUCAGUCAUGGCACCAGUUCCCCGACUAUCACCAAGACGACAAGGACCUCCAGCCCCAACGCAUGACUUCUCUAUGACAGACUCAGAAGCCGAAUACCCACCUUCACCGAAANAGAGUCCUCAAAAGCAAGCUCGAGAUACCAGCAAUGCCAGCAUAGAAUAUCCGCCCUCACCACGAAAGAGUCCUCAGAAGAAAGACUUCGACACUCUCUUCAAACAGCCAUCUAGGCCUGAACCCAGCAGAGCAGAGAGUAGCCGUACAGGCGCAGCGAGACGUCUCCAAUUCAAUGCAGCACAAUCUCAGACCACACCCAGCAUUCUCGAUUCCUCAUCUUUACUGGAAUCCAAUGUAACCUUUGAGCUUGCAAACGACACCGAACCAGACACUUCCGAAAUCGAAGCCUCGUUCGAACUCCCAAAACGCAGAUCUGCUAUCACUGCAAACAGAAAACUGGCACAAGCCACACAAGCAGCACGCACUCUACGACGAAAACCAAAGAUGGCAAUCCCAGAAACAUCAACACCCAUCUCCAUCCCUAUGCCCGUACCUCGAUUGGCCAAGUCUCGCAAAGCAUCGCCAGUGACAAGGAAGACUACCCCACAGCGACCAAUAUCUCCGCCAAGUUCCUCUUUUGUUGCUUUGCCAUCUGCAGAGANNAGGGAAGACAGAAGUGCGGUUGUUGCACCAGUACAAGCUUUGCAGGAUAAGAUUCGCAAAACUGACUCGCAGGUGCGGAAUGAUAAGUUGGGGAAAAAGCUUUGGAGGCUUUGUGGUGGGGAUGUGGGAAGGUGGAAUCGAGGAGACUUUGGAGGCUUCUUUGAGGUCAAGGGAGCGAGAUGGUGA